GAUUUUCUGCCGUGUUUGAAUAUCGACACGUUGGAUUGCUCGCAAGUCUACUCACAUUCUUAUGGCCUAUGGUACCAUCUGCAAAAAUGCGGCGUUAAUGAUAUGAAUCGUCAAUGGAAAUGUUAUCGAUGUGGUGAGACUUCAGUCUAUCAGGAGAGUAAAGAUCAUCUGAUUAAAUGCCAUCAGAAACAACUGAGUAAACUGAUCGAGAAAGCGCAUAAAAUUAUCGCCGAAAAAGAUGCUUCAACCACUCCACUAACACGAAGUGCAAAAAAACGUCGCAAAACGUCGCAGUUAGCAUCGGGCCUCGAAGAAAGUGAUCAUAGUGACGAAUGUGCAAUGGAUUCAUCCACCCAGCAUGAUCGAGAAGAGGAUGGAGACGUGGGCGAUAAAGAUGAGUUGUUGACGUCGUUGUUGAAAAGCACUCGAUGUCGAGGCAUGGCCUCGGUAUCGCAAGGUGUGCUGCCAACAAAUAGUUCACGAACAUCGAUCAAUGCUGGUGUGAAACGAUACAAAUUCAAAACCACUGAAUCAUUGCACAGGCCGUCAGAGGCUGAUUCACGCAACUAUCAGGCAGCAGUGAACUGUGCUCGUGUCAGUUUUGAUGCGGACAGAAACGUUGAGCAAUUAUGCCGUUCGUUACUCGACAUCCACUUUGAUCGUUCCAAUUGGGACGUUGUUCGAGAAGAAGAAUACACUCAAAGUAAAUUACUGAAUCGGAUAUUGAAUAAACAUUCAGUACCGGUACGACUACCCGGUGGUGCUAUUGAUCGAACCAUAACAACAACUGUGGACGCAGUAUCGCCUUCGAGUAAACCCACUGCCAAGGUUUCGAGUAAGUCUGAAAAAGCUGCUAGAUCGUCUUCUUCGGCGUCCAAAUCGAAUACUGAUACAGUGAAACGGCAACAAAACGAGCCAGCCUGUGAAAAGCAACCAUCUGAACGGUUGCCAACAUUCACAACACGUCGAUUACCUUAUACCAUACCUGUCAGAAAUUCGUUGACUGCCGAGCGGCCUUCAUCAUCAACGGUACCAAAUGCAGGAGAAGGAUGUGUAGCGUAUUGCGGAGGACCUAUAGCGACCAUUUCAUCGUGCCCUCGAUUGCUGGAAAACGAUUAUCUGCAGUUUUGGCGAUACAACAGGACUGCAACAGAUGUAUGCGCAAAGUUGUGGUUUUUGAUGGAGCUGAGCGUUGGAACGGUAUUGACAACCGCUUGGUGUCCGCUGUUACGUGGUAAGGUCUCGAAAGGUAAUCGAAACAUCAAAAAUGACUCAUCUACGGAUCGCAAAUUCAAUUUCAUUGGUUUUCUGGCCGUUGGAGGAACGGAAACUGGCAUUGCGAUAUAUGGUAUCCCAAAUGAAGUGGAAAAUAUGGUCAAAGAGUCGGACACCGAACGUUGUGUUCUGCGAUGCGCUCAACCGGAUCUGCUGUUGAAUCUGCCGGAAGGCUAUCCUCAGUCGCCAGUCGUUUCGUUGGCUUGGAGCGAGGUCUACGGAGCAGCGCCUUUGGCCGCUGUAUUCGCUUCGGGUCAUGUCGCUGUUUGGGAUAUGAACAAUAGCGAUGAAAGAGCAAAAAUAAUUCACGACGAUGAAUGGUCGUCGCCACCGAUGCAUGUCGCAUUCACUGAACGUGAUGAACGUUGGUCAUCCUUUAUUUCUUAG